AUUAUGGUAAAGCAGUUUGGUUGUAGGCUCGGUCAUUAAUUUUAACGUUAAUGGUUCAAAAGUUCAUUAUUCUUCACAUUUCUCAUUAUUUCAAGACUGUGAAUCACUCAGUAGGUAUAUUUUGGUAAUCAAAUUCCUUCCAUUGUUACUCGUUUCAUAAUUUCCUCCAAGAUUGGCGAAAUCUCUGGAUUGUUAUCUUACAUAAAUACAGUAUAUGCAGUGGAAGUAAGAACGUAAAGUGUUUGUACGCUAAAUAUCCUAAUUUAGACCGACUGUCUCAAAUCGAGAGAUUUAUAUAAUGGCUGAGGGAGGAGUUCCAGGUGAUUACAUUAUGGAAAGGCAGGAUCUACAUGAUGUGAUUUUCUUAGUUGGCUCUGAAAAGAAGGAAAAAAUAAGUACUGUAAAGCUAUUACUCGCAAAUUAUAGUCCAGUCUUCCGUGCAAUGUUGCUGGAGACUGAUAUGAGAGAAAAACAUUCUGAGGAAAAUAUUGAGAUCCCAAAUCAUGAACCAGACGUCUUCAAAAUGAUGUUGAGUUAUGUUUAUGGAGUGCAAGAUCUUAAGUUUUUAGAUGUUGACCAAGCCAUGAGGUUUCACUUACUGGUGGAUCAGUACCUCAUGACCAAACUGAAGACUUUAUCCUCAGCCUAUUUGAUGAAUGAGUGCAAAAAUAAUAUUCGUGAUUCCCUGAAGUGUGCAGUCAUUCUUGAUAUAAAGGAAAUGGAGCCUACAGCUACAGAGAUCCUGCAGUCAGACAUCAAGCACUUUCUGUCAACCAAUGAUUUUAAAUUACUGGAUAGAAAAAUUAUAGAGUUCAUUUUAAAACUAGAGCAUUUGGAUAUUGAAGAGAUUGAAUUGUGGUGGGCUUUGAUGUCGUGGGUUAAAUAUAAUUAUGAUGAAGAUACUCCAGGUACUACUGUGCGUGAAAAACUAGGAAAUAUGUUGAGUUAUGUUCGCUUCCUUGCAAUGUCUCAAAAAGAAUUUGCUGAAGAAGUAGUGAAAACUUCCAUUUUGACAGAUUAUGAAAUGAUUCAUAUGUUUGUUGCCCUAGCUUCAGGAAAACCUCAUGGACUUAAAUAUUUAAGUGCAGAAGGAAAGAGACAUCCAACAGUUUUUGUGUUAGAAUUUAAAGGAUAUACAACAGCGCAAUCAAGUUUUUCCACUUUUACUCAUACUAUCCUAGUUAAAAAUAGAAGGUUAAGGUUGAUAUCAGUCAAUCUGACCAGUGUAUUAUCUCAUUUCUAUGUUAAUUUAGAAAAGGAUAAUUCAAAAGUUUCAACAUUUGGUCCUUUCUCAAACUGUGCAAGCUUUACAUUGGAUAUCAUUCUUGAAGCCAAUCAGUCUUAUAAUCUGGUUUUCGAAACAAGGUCUUCCGGCUAUACAAUGUGUGCAUCAAAGUGUGAGCCUCAUUAUUCCUGUAAUUACUGCACUGUUCUGGUAAAUACAUCAUCGUGUAUUAAGAAUCUUACAUUUAUUGUUUCUUAAAAGUUCUAGACACAAAUUUGGUAAUGUCAUUUUGUUUUAAGUGCAGUUUGAUAAGAGCUGACAAACAUAUUAUUUGUAUACAGCUAAUAAACUGGUUUCAAUGUGUUUCUUUUUUAGUUUUGAGUAGAAUAAUACACCACCGUGGAGCUGGAUCCACCCAUUUAGAACAGUUUUUAGUUUGCGUACCAAAAUAACUGUGCUGUAACUGUGUUUCUAGAGAACAAUAUUUUUAUAAAGAAUAACACCACAAAUGGAUGUAAACAAGUGUUGAGUAGGUAGAAUUAGCUCCUCACUUAGCCCCAUACAUGCAACCUUGUGUUGGCACCUGAGUUCUUCUGAUCUGGUUUAAAUAAAUGGAGCUAGGCAUGGAGCAAUAACCACCCUCUCAACCCAUUGGAAACAAACCACCACCAAAGAACUUUGUUAAACUUAUGUUCUAGGAAUGUAACAUGUUUUAAAGCUGUGCAAACACAUUUAUCAAUGCCUAUAAAUAUGAUUUUCUAAUAUUAUAAUCAGAAACAACUAUUUUCAUCGUAUACACUUAGUGUACAUCAGUAGUGUAUCAUACAAAUAAAAAUGUAAUCAUACAAUCUUUAAACUAACAUAGUACAAGACUACUUUACUUUUAAUAUGUGUAUUAACAGUUCAGAUUUAUAACGUAAAUUUAAUAAAAUUAGCUAUUAAUAAGUUUUUCAUUUUAAUGAAACCUGUUGUUAAGUUUAUACAACUCAGAGAACGAGUACAAUGAAAGUUUAGACAGAUUUGAGUCUAGUUUUAUAUUACGUGUUAUUUUCCAGUGAUUAUAUUUUGUUAGGUAGCUCCUAACUGUUAGAAAAUCCUAUUCCAUGAUGAUGUAUGUAGGAAAUUGUAAAUUAUGCCAAACAACUGCUAUAUUAUUUCUAUUUUCUAAUAUUGUACAUGUGGUUCUAAUUCCAUAGGUUUGUACAGUGAGCUUGAUUUUUAACUGGCAGUAUUGUAUUAUAAAUGAAUGCUUUAUAAGGUUAUGAUUCCCAAAUGAAACAAAUGGGUUUUACAAAUCAUUCCAUGGUAAUUUUAAAAUAACACAAUUUUUUGCAACUUAUUUUUAAAAUUGAUUCUAAAUUUGUUACAAUGAGGAUCCAUAAAAUGAAACAAGUAUUGAAAUAUUGUAAAAGUAUGUUAAUAAAGAUGUCAUAUUUUAAUUAUCUGGUGCUUUAUAAAGCAGAGUCCACGUCUAUAUAAACUUGAAAUCUGACAGAAGAUGUCUCAAGUUCUGGAGUAUUUAAAUACAUGUUUCUGUUUUUAUUUUGAUUUAAUUUAUAAUUGAUUAUCCUAAGUAGUUGGUCAUCAUGAUCUGACAGUUUUGCAUUCUAACACUUAACUUUGAAUCAGUGAUAAGUUAUUAACUUAAAAUUAAUUAUAUUGUCUAUUGCUGCCUGGGUAUUGCUGUUGCUCCUAGUGGGGAAAUACAUUAAACCUUUCUCUGAUGGGCUUUUUUUAAUAUACCAGCCAAGAUUGUCAAGGUGGAAAUGGCUGCAAUGUCUUGCAUUUAUAAAAAAACUGUUUAUUGUUAUUUUUCAUUAGCUUUGUUUAAUGUUAUGUACUCAUAUUUAAAUGCUGUUUUACAUAAAAUAAUAAAAAGUUAAUGGGAACCAAAUUUUUAAUUAAAUAUGAAAUAAAGUAAAUAAGUCAACAGUCUCUGCAUUCUGCUUCCCAUGCACUAAGGACUUAAGAAGGAGGACACAUGACCAUGUGUCCCCCUACUUAACACACAUUGAUAUAUGUCUGAACGUCAAAAAAAGAAGGUAACUGAUUUUCAUUUACAUUAGAUAUUAUUUAUUCAGGUGUGUAAUUUUAACGAUAACAAUUUUAUAAUGUAAGCUAUGUUAGAAUGUUUUUGUAGAUUAUAUAGGAUUUUGAAGGAGUGUUGGUGUUGGUUGAUGUUUAUUGUUCAAUUGCUUGGAUGUUUGUGUUUUAACAUUUUUAACAGAGAUAUUGUAUGUGCACAUUGAAGAAAGUCCAUUUUUUGGGUGCAAUGUUUGUGAAUAUUGUUUUGCAUAGGUGUAUUUUAUCAUUAUAACCUCAUUUACGCCAUAUGAAUCAACAUCACAGUAAUCAUCUUCUAUGAAGUAGGUACUCAAAGGUAUAUAUAUCACUGUAUUAAAUUGAACUUUUGUUAAGUUCUCUUCAGUUCCAGGUGACCAGAUGUUGCACUGCUGGGAGAGGGGGGUAUCAGGACCUCUCCCCCCCAGGGGCAUUUUAUUUCAAAUAAUCGAUCACCUAAUAAUCUAUUUUUGACUAAAAAUAAAACUGAAGUUGGAACUUGUAAAUAGAUCAUAAUAUAAUAUUUAAAUUAAAUCUUUAUAGCUAUUCUAAUUUGCAAAAAAACACAGCACUGCACAUAUAAUAACUCAAGUUCGUUCAAAAAGCCAAAUAAUUUAAUUUUACUGCCAUGCAGCAACUACGAAAGUGAGAUUAGUUUUUACUAUUCCUUGUGAUUUCUUCCUAAACUAACUAAAUUGCAAUAUAACUCCCGUUAUUGUAGCUUUAUUAGUUAGUGUAUGCUCAACUUUCAAACUCAGAAAAAUUAUACAUUUUAAUCCUAGAUUCAAGAUUUAGCUUUUGGUCUUGAUUUGUGAAUUACCUUAGAUCAAUAUUAUGAUUAAAUUUUGUUUUAGGUAAAUACACUUCACAUAAACUGUGUAUGUUGCAGUAGAUUUUAAUUACUCCUGUAUAAGUUUCCUGGUGAUUGGUGGUAGAAUAGUCUUACUGUAAAUUUAAACAAUUCAAGCUGUUAUUUGCCUCUUUUUAUUAGUUGAAAACUACUGUAAAAUAACGAUUUUAGGGGUUAAUAUUUCAAAAAUGUUCAAGGGAGAGUCCCCGGACCCUUUACUGAUCUGGAGGAUUUGCCACACCAUCGAUUCCCCAGUGUUCUGGACGCCUCCCAGAGAUUUCUGGGUGCGUUACUUCAGUUGACCGAUCCUUCUCUUAAAACAAUGUUAACAAACUAUAUUUUAUUGCAAGUAGUCUUGACUUUGUCACAGUCAAUGGGCUAGUUAUAUUUUCAUGACUUUUUCUAGAUAUCUCUGAAUGGUUUUUUUGUUUUGUACUGUCCAGAAAAUUAAAUUAAAUCCUUGCCAUUCUUCCAGUUAUUAUCCAGCUCAUAUACCAACCUAUAAGUGGUUUGACAUCCCCUACAACCAGGAUCCGGAACUAAAGAAAACUCGUACAAAAGUACAGUUAAUGCAAUAUUAGUAAUUACAUAAUUAACUCCAAAUACUACACGUCUGUACAAUAUGAUUAUUCUGAUUGUGAUGGAUAUGCCAUAAAUGGAAACAUACAAGAGUGCAAUUAUAAAAAAUUUAUUUUCCUAUACACUGCACGAAAAGAAAGAACUUUCUUCCUCAGUUUGCAAAACAAAUAUCUCUGUUAAAAAAUACUAACACUUAAAAAAAUAUGUAAGAAGCUACAUCUCAGGCAUUCUUUAAAAAUAAUAUUUGUGAGCAUUGUGCUAAAAUCUAUCUGCACAGUUCUAUAAUAUAUCCUUUGGGAAGACUAGCUUUUACGUGGUAUUUUCAGAGGGCAAGGUUCUAUGUUGGUUCCUAGCUAUCAGUGGGGUUGAUGAUGCUUCAUAUCUAACAUGUAUGCAACUUAAAAUUAUGCUGAAAUAAACAGGACUAUGUUCACAGUGGUAAAUAAUACAAUUUUAUUAUAUAGUUCUUUGCCAAGCAGUAACACUAUUAUUUCACUAGGUAGGAAUAUUCUUAAAGCUAAUCAUACUUUCAAUCUGUUGUUGGGCAAAGUAUACAAUUAUUAUGGUAAGAUAUGUCAUUCACUGUAUGCCAUUUGUUAUGGCGAAUAAAUUGGUUAAUAACAAGA